AUGUUCAUUCCGUCUGUCAACUGCAGGCACUCUGAGAUCGAUUCGCGCGCUGAAUUUGACUUCACCACUGUGCUCAUUAUGGAUAACACGCAGACCUUCCUUGACUGGGAUACUAUUACAAACAGUGUCAGCGUUAGUGUUGGCCUUGACCUGAAGUUUAUCAAAGGCAAACUGGGUGGUUCCACGGGUAUCAACUCCGCCCGAACAUGGACAACACAAACCGUUGUCACUGUCAAGGGAACCGUUGUGAACGGGUUUCUGGUGUCAUGA